AUGGCACAAUCACAUCCCUCGAAACCCGCCAAAAAUGCCCCCGGAGCAGGAGGAAAAGGAGCGCAAGGAGGAGCAAAGGGAAAAAAGAGUGCUGCUGCAGGUGGAGGAGGAAAGAAGGAGGAUGACAGGGACGAAACUUUGCAGGCCGUAGUACUUGCAGAUUCCUUUGAAACAAGAUUUAAUCCUUUUACAUUGGAGACACCAAGGUGUCUACUACCUCUCGCAAACACCCCUCUCAUCGAAUACACCCUCGAAUUUCUCGCCAUGUCCGGCGUCGCAGAUAUAUAUAUAUACUGUGGAGCUCAUACUGAAGCUGUUGAAGAAUAUCUUCAAAAGUCCAAAUGGGAUCCACAAUACUCGCCCUCGUCACCUUUUAGCAAACUCAUGAUGGUUAAAACUACAGCUCACUCGGUUGGCGAUGCGAUGCGGGAUUUAGAUGCGCGGAACUGGAUUACUGGGGAUUUCCUCUUGGUUCAUGGAGAUUUGGUUUCGAAUUUACCGAUUGAUGCUGCGCUGGCUGCACAUAGAGCGAGGAGAUAUGCGAAUAAGAAUGCUAUUAUGACUAUGGUCUUAAGGUCGGCUGGAUUGGGAGAACAUAGGACAAAGUCGAAUGGUAUUACACCGGUAUUUGUCUUGGAUCCUACAAAAAAUCGAUGUCUUCAUUAUGAGGAGAUGAACCCUCUUCAAUCAAAUAAAUAUCUCAGUCUCGAUCCAGAUUUACUUUCAGAAAGUUCCGAAAUAGAGAUUCGAACAGAUUUUAUUGAUUGUGGUAUCGAUAUUUGUACACCGGAUGUACUUGCGUUAUGGGCUGAAUCUUUCGAUUACGAGGUUCCUAGGCGACAUUUCUUACAUGGUGUAUUGAAAGAUUAUGAGUUGAAUGGAAAAACUAUCCAUACCGAAAUUGUGACGGAUCAUUAUGCAGCUCGAGCAUUUAAUCUACAAGCAUAUGAAUCUAUAACCAAAGAUGUUCUAGGAAGAUGGACAUAUCCUCUUGUUCCAGAUAGCAAUUUAGUUGCAGGACAAACAUAUAAAUUUCAGCGAGGUGGAUUUUGCAAAGAAAAUGGGGUUAUACUGGCUCGAACAUGUAAGAUUGGUAAGAGGACAGUAUUGGGAGCAGGUACUAGUGUAGGAGAUGGUUCUACGAUUAUCAACAGUACUAUUGGUAGAGGGUGUCGAAUUGGAAAGAAUGUCACGAUCCAGAAUGCUUAUAUUUGGGAUGAUGUAAAGAUUGGUGAUGGAACAUCUGUGGCUAUGUCAAUUAUUGCCAAUAAUGUUUUGGUUGGGCAAAAAUGCAAGAUCAGUGAAGGAUCACUUCUUUCAUUUGGUGUGAGAAUAGCUGAUGGUAUGGAAAUCACUAAAGGCGCACGAAUUACGACGGGAAAGACGGCAAAGGAUGACGGAGAUACACCAGUAGCUCUUCCAACGGAUCCAAAAAUCGUUGGGGAAGGUGGAGAAGGUUAUGAAUUUAUCGACGACGAAGAAUUCGAAGAUGAAGAAUCUAGUGCCUUUCAUUCUAGUCUCAUAUACUCAACUCAACAUCUCAAUAUUUCUAGCGAAUCCAUCUCUACCAUCUCAUCCGAGGUAUCAGCUGGCGAAGUCGAUACUCGAUCCCGUCAUUCCAGUUUCGCAGGUUCGGUUUCUGAUGAUGAACAUGGACAUGGUUCUUCGGAAUCUUUCCACCAUGAUGCUGUUCAAGGACUCCUUGAUACAUUGAGAGAGAAUGGUGAUUUCGAUGGUGCGAAACUGGAAUUUAUGGGACUAAGACUUAGUAAUGAUGCAGAUGAUUAUCAAAUCCGUCGAGCGAUCGCAGCAGCCUUUACAAAAUUCAUCGCGGAAUUAGUAACGGCCGGUAUCAAAAAUGCAAGUGAAGCAACACUACAAGCAUUAAAUGUAGCAGGGGCACAAAAAUUCUUAGAAGAGGUCGCUAUUGGGAUUGAAAAGGAUGAGGGAGGCAUGAAAGAGUUUUUGGUUUGUUUACAGAAGGGAUUGGUGGGAAAACAAAAUGCGGCACCAGUUAUGGCGGCGCUGUGUCAGAAACUUUAUGAGAGGGAUGUGGUGUCUGAAGAGGCGAUUUUGGGAUGGUGGGAAGAUGCUGAGGGCGAGGAUGGUGGGAAGGCUGAGGAUGCGGAGAUGAAGAAGGUUAGGGAGAAGACGGGCGUUUUUGUUGAGUGGUUGAGAGAGGCGGAGAGUGAGGAGAGUAGUGAGGAGGAGGAGAGUGAGGAGGAGGAGGAGGAGGAUAGUGAUUAA